CUCCGCCCGAUAUCGCCCUGACAUUUUGCCUCUCUAUGGUGGGCUUAGUUAUAACGGGGUUUCCUGUAUAACUAAACCUUCGAGACAAUAAUUUCAGAGAGAAACACAAAAUAAUAAAUCUUUUGGGAAAGAGGAAGAAGAGAGAGGUUCGAAAUUUGUGAAAAAUUUACCCCUUCACCUAGAUUCUUCGCUUUUGGUCAACCAGUCUGUCGAUAUGGCACCUUCAUUCGAAGAGCCUGCCCCCAUAGAUAUGGAUGCGCCUCUUAAGGCAGCACCUAAGCUUGUUGCCCCGGAGCCAGAGCACUGUCCUGGCCCCGAAUCCGAAAAAGCCGGUCAGGGCGACGCCUGUGCCGGAUGUCCGAACCAGCAGAUUUGCGCAUCAGCACCCAAAGGACCAGAUCCAGACAUUCCAGUCAUCACAGCACGACUUGCCUCAAUCAAGCAUAAGAUCCUCAUCCUCUCCGGAAAAGGUGGCGUGGGGAAAUCUACCUUUACGACGAUGCUGGGACACGCGCUGGCGCAGAACCCCGAUUCGCAGGUUGGCAUCAUGGACACUGAUAUUUGUGGACCCUCAAUUCCCAAGAUGAUGGGCGUCGAGCAAGAGACUAUACACGUGAGCGCUGCGGGAUGGAGCCCUGUAUGGGUGAGCGAGAACCUGGGAGUCAUGAGUGUGCAAUUCAUGCUGCCGAACCGAGACGAUGCUGUCAUCUGGCGAGGCCCUAAGAAGAACGGUCUGAUCAAACAAUUCCUCAAAGAUGUGGAGUGGGGUGACUUGGAUUUCCUGCUCGUCGACACUCCUCCAGGCACCAGUGACGAGCAUUUAUCCGUUAAUUCAUUCCUCAAAGAGUCUGGUGUGGACGGGGCCGUCUUGGUAUCAACACCUCAAGAGGUCGCGCUGUUAGAUGUCCGCAAGGAAAUCGAUUUCUGCCGCAAGGCCGGUAUCCGGAUCCUGGGUAUUGCAGAAAAUAUGUCUGGGUUUGUGUGCCCAAAGUGCACGCACGAAUCCCAGAUUUUCAAAGCCACCACCGGUGGCGCCCGCCAGUUGGCAAAGGAAACCGGGAUCCCUUACCUCGGCGCGGUACCGUUGGACCCACGGAUAGGCAUGGCCUGCGACUACGGCGAGAGCUUCUUUGACAAUUUCCCCGAUAGCCCAGCUUGCACUGCCUUGAAGUCAGUGGUUCGCCGAGUUGGCGAGGAAAUUGGGCUUGGUGCUGACCAGAUUCUGCCCGAAGAGGCAGAACCUAUGGACGAGUGAUGAGAUGAUGUGCGAGACAAGCUUUUGUACCAUGUUCUUCGAGAUCAACGAGCGACGCGUCAAACGCCCUUGUGGAUAUUCACUGCGGAUGCUAAGUCUGAGCCAUGAGCUCGCCGAGAUUGGGUCAGGGAGCCGCUCGUCCAGCUGAUGUCAAUCU